AUGAAGGAGGAGUACUACCGGAUGACAUUGGCGGAACUUCGUGACGAAAGAGCCUUUGUUGAGCGGCGGAUGGAAAUGAUAAUGGUGAAGCACUCCUUCAUCAAGAGUUUGAUUGAGGACGAUGACAUCAGCGACGAUGAUGCAGAGGACGCAGAGGGUAAGACGAUGAGUAUCCAAAUCCGCUACAGAGAUGCGCUCUCGUUUUGCAUCAACCUUCAGUUGGUGUCACCCGGCAAAACCUCUUGCACCAGCACUUGGUCUCUUGUGGAUGCCAACAGUGAGAAGUCAGACUUCGCACUCGUGGAGGGAAGGCUUCCCACUUCCAAAAGUGUCUGCGCCGAUGACACGCGCAGCAAAGUCAUCCUUCAACGCCCUUCAACGACAGGCUUGUACUAA